GCAGUUGCCUCCUCGAGAGGGCAUUGCAGUUGCAGACAAUAAUAAUACUCUUCCCUGCAAAGGGUCCAGCCAAAGGGCAAAUGUCUUCUUCCCAAACCCUCCCAAGCUAGCUAGUGUUCUUAUAUGUCAUCAAUUUCACUAGAAUUUAAUGUAUGGUUUGAUCCAAAUAUUAAAGAAGAGUUGUGGCCUUUAGCCUUCUUGGCACUUUGGUGUUUAAGUUCAACAAAGAUGGUUUGGAGAUAAAUAAUAGAGUAGGUAGCCAAACCAAGGGGCUUUGCUUAGGCCAAUGGAGGGCCCAUAGCUAGCUUGGAAAUUGGAAGGCUUGAAUCCAUAUGCGUCGAACAUUUUUCGAGUGAUUUGGUUUCAAUAUAUGAGAAUGUGUACAUCAGUCGACUCUAUUUAGAGACAUACACGAUUAUAUUAGGAUUGUUGAAUACAUCGUGGGUUUGGUAAUGUAUAUGGGCUUUUUUUUUGCCCUUAAUGACCUUCCUUUACAAAACCUAACAAUUCCUUUUGAAGUAAAUGAAGGAACAAGUCACAUCUCUAUUGAGAGGUUCUGAACUUAAUGAACUUCUUAAUAAGAAAGAGGGAAAUUUUCAUUUAUGUAUGCUAUAAGAUAUAAUGACCAACUAGUGAUAGAGUAUCUAUUUGUUUUCUAAAUAAAACUACUGUGGAUCUUCUCUCUGUAUCUUUUCAAAAUAUUCCGUUAUCAUUGAUCAUGUUUCGAGUCAUUGUUUAUCUUCCUUGUGCAUGGAUGAAAUUUAUCUAUAUAGUCAAACAAACAUUGUCAAUUAAUGGUCAUUGGGGAUCGGACAUGGUGAUAACCUAGCUAGUUUUCACAACCUCAUUCGCCUGAUGUGUAAGUAAACCUCAGCAACUACACAUUGAUUACGUUAUUAAAUUCACGAGAAUGAACUCUUCGAGAGCGCCAAUGCAUGUAGCAUAACUGGCAUCCACCAGGGUGUCGUUUAGCAGAUAUCGUCAGACGUUCUUCUUAAGCGCGCUACAGGUGUUAUCCUUUCUUUUCAAUUCCUUUUCUGGCUUAUAACCGAAACCACUUCACGUCUAUUUAUGCUCAUAUCUUCGCUUCCUCUCCAUAUCUCGUCCUUCUCUUUGUACCCCUUUUUUCCUACAAAUAUCUCUUAGUUCAAUUCGUUGAUGUUCUCCGUCUGUGUUUCUGCAUACUGCCUGAAGGUAAACAAUACAAUCAUUUAUGUUGAUUCUCAGAAACUCUAUCUAUUAAAGUCGAGAUUGUUGUUGAUGGUUCAACUCUCUCUCUGUGUACAAUCCUUUUCGGUUCUUCCUUGAAACUCACACGAAUCCUCAUCAACCUCGAGCUUGAUUUCAAUUGAUCUUGAACCUAGCUAGUACUAGAUCCCAAUUCAAGUUAAUUAGGGCAGAACUCCAAAGUUGGAUCAUGGUCAAAAUUUGUUUAUCACAACUUUUCUUGUUUAAUUAAAAUCACUUAUAUUUUUUUUUUUAUUUGGCUAUAUUUUCUUCUAUUAUCUAUGCUUUUAGCUCUCAACUUAUAAGCAUUUUAAAUUAAAUUCCUCUAUCAUCAUGAUCCACCAUCUCACCCCAUCACUAUCAACUUCAAUUCCUUCCUUCAUUCCCCCUUUUAUUACAUUCCUAAUUUGCCAACUUGCAUGGCUUCCCAUUGUUUCCUCUUACUAACGUGGUCAUGCCUCAUCCGCUCGAUUAUUGUCUCCCCUAAUCAUGCUCGUGGCACUCUCGAACUCUCUCAAGGUUUCAUGGUUUACUUGUAUAGCAGCAGGUAGCAACAUCCCAUACAUUGUGCAAUCAGAAGUCGAUCAGUCGUCAGCAUCAGUCGUACAGGCCAAUAAUGUUAGAUCGACAUUAGAUGUGUUAAUAUGUUUGAAUACCUAAACUAGCUAACUGUUUAGAUACAUGCGUGCCAAUGAUAGGCAAGAAGGUCAGUCGUUUAGAGUUGCCCUCGAACCCACACACAGCGGCGGAUCCAGAACACAGUAGUGCACUGGGCCGGAUUUCAUUAGAAAUUAGAUACCGUAAAAAGGAUAGUGAUUUUAUAUUUUUUUACAAUGUCAAUUGUUCACGAUGGUGUUUUAAUUUAGCGAAUGCAUCAAUAAUGGAGUCUACAUCCAUGCCAAUAGUAUGCUUUGUUUCAAAUAAAAUACUUGAGCAACCGGCGAGUAAUUCAUCGUUCAUUUUGUUGCUCUAAUCAGUUUUCACAUGUUUCAUUGUUGAUAAGGUUCUCGCCGUAGUAGCUGUUGAAACGGACAUCGUCAAUACUAAAAUCAAUCGACUAAUCAAUUUCCAUUGUGUGUCCAUCCCUAUAUCCAACAACUGCUCUAGUAAAUUUUCAAUGGAAUAAAUCUCAUAUUUACACUUUAGACUUUUAGAAAUUCAGGUUCCGUUGUUUUUGUUUAGACGAAAUCUUUAGUGCUAGAAUUUAUAAGCUAAAUUUAGAGUAGUUAUUUGAAUAUGUUCAUAUGAAUUAUUUUUCUAGUUACACACAAUCUUAUUAUAAAAUAACACUGAACCGAAUGUCUAAAAUCGAAAAAUUCAUAAGGACUAUACUAACUUUGGAUCCAGAGGAGGGCUGGGCCGGGGCCUGGGUUGGCCACCCCCUGGAUCCGCCAAUGCCCACACACGUGUUGAUAGGUGUAGCGUUAAACAUCAUCGAUGAAACAAACACUUGCAUGAAAUGAAUUUCUUGAUUCCUUUCUCAUCGGUUUGGUAUGUUUGCUUGGUUAAACAAGGACAAGGUAUUAAUGUGGAUUGCUUGCAAAACCAUUCCAAGUUAUUCCUUGAUGUUGAUGGAUAGAGGGAGAAGUGGAAAGAUGGGGAAAAAUUAAACAUAUCGAUUCACGAGACUCGAACCUAACUCUUAGAGAUUCCAACAUUGGAUAGAUAAGAGAGAAAUUGAUACAUUUUGUUUUCAUGGGCUUUGAUCCCUUCUUAUCAAUUGAAUUCAACUGGGUUAACUAGUUGCCUCUUGCCUAGCGGAAAGGGUAGCAAACAUGACUUGAGCAUGCAACCCAGUCAUUAAACUCAUCGCAAGAUGUCUUAAUACUAGAAUACCAUGUUGUGGGAGAAUCAUAGUACCGUUAUGGUACAUAUAUUAGUGUCGAUUGUACGAUGAAAAGUGAAUUCGUUGAAUUUGAGAUGGAUUCUUUAAAAUGAGUCGAGUAUUAGAGAAUUCACGAACUCUGUAACUGUUCGUCACCCGAUUGAUGCAUGCAUAUACCAAAUCGCAAAGCCAUCCAUACUGCAUAUCAUAAUUUAUGAUUAUAUUUCUCCGUCCCAACCCUAUAAACACAUACUUAAUAUCAAAAUGCACAACGCAACAUUUAAACCAAAUAUCUUAUUAUUAUAUACCCUAACCGAUCACACAUUCUAUUUUGAGUCACAACCAUUGGAUCAAAGUGCCCCUAACCCAAAGUAUAAAUGCCUAACUUCCCCUGUUUUUUCAGCCAUAUGCUCAUUCCUUCCUUCUUUCCACGCAAACUUUCUAUCUCUAUCAUUCUCUCGCUCUCUACCUCUCCCUUGCAAAACUACACAAAACACCCUCUACUUCUUCUUCAUUCCAAAUUAGUACCCAAAGUUUCCUAUCUAAACAACAAAUUAAGAUGAACUACUGGCCGACGACGGCACUUUACCUCACGGCAGCAGAAGCAGCAAUAUCCCAGCUAUCCCCACCGCCCCCGCCGGCCGCCGUCGCCGACAGACGGAAAAGCCCCUCGGAUGCGCACGACUUCCCGCAGGAGCUGGUGACGCCGUCGGAAGUCACCAUCCUGAUCGUAAUCCUCUCCAUCAUCAUCUCCGUCAUCGCCCUCAACUGCGCCAUCCGCUGCUUCCUGAAAGACUUCAGCCGCGACAGCGGCCGGAGGCGGUGGGAAAGGAAGAAGGCCGCAGAGCUGAGCGCCGCGGUAGCGGCGGUGACCUCCACCGUGAAGUAUAAGGGCGGCGGGGACGAGGAGGAGGUGACGUCGGCGUCGGCGGCGGAAUGUGCGAUUUGCUUGGCGGAAUUCGAGGAAGGGGAGGAGAUCAAGGUUGUGGGGAACUGCCGGCACCGGUUCCACGGCCGGUGCAUCGAGCGGUGGUUCGCUACUUCGAGGAAUUCGUUGUGCCCGACCUGCCGCCAGUCGUGCCUGCCCCCGGCGACGCAAGCGUUGCCUGUAGUGACUUCCUCACCCAUCGUCGUCAACGACGCGACGAUGAGUGAGGAAAUGGGGGACCGCGACCGCGGUCCAUAAAUUUGUUACGGGACCACAUAAGUCUAGUUUAGUGUUUUUUUUUUUUACACACAACUUAAUCGCGAUAAGCCAUCAUCAACGAAUUUCGUUAGAGAACGAAGAGACACGAAGUGAAGAUUACAAUCUGCUUUCGAUAUGUCACCUUAUCAUCAUCUCACCUGUUGUUUUCUAUAUAGUUGAAGACCUUUAAGGUUUGAACUGACGGGCAAUAAAUAGGUAUAAUUUCAUGCUUAGUCUAUCCUUGGAGUUAGGUUAUAGUUUGGUUAUUUUCCGCAUCCUCUUUUCCAUCUUAUGUACAUGUAUUUUGUAGUCUAUUACUCUGUAAAAGUGAGAGAGAUGAAUAAAAGUGUAUUCGUUCU